AUGGCCUUCCCCGGUGAACGUUUCGUCAUUGAUCUCGAUGACGACAAUGAAUUAGCUCCGAAUAUCCCUUCGUUCGAAGAUACAGCCUCUCCGUUUUCCCUCAUCGGCGAGAUCCAAGAACGUGCUCCAACCGCCGCGGCUCCUCUGGCGCCUAAGCCUCCGACAGGGACGGGGUUUCCUGAGCAUAAGAAAAGGUUUCAGCGGUCGGCGUUUAAGCAGCGCAGGGCGGAGAAGCAGCAACAGCAGCAGCAGGAGCAGCAGGAGCAAGGACAAGGUCUCGCCACGGGUCCUGUCAGCGAUGAGAAAAAAGCUAUCGAUGAGGAGAACCGGCGUCAGUUGGCGUCGCUGUCGGAUGCACAGAUACAACAAGAGCGGGAGGAAUUAAUGUCUUCCAUCGACCCCGGUCUUCUCGAAAGAUUCCUCCGCAGAGCCGUUAUCGACGAGCCAGAGCCAGAGCCUCAACCCAAACAAAAACCCGAAUCCUCCAAAAAACCAACCAAAUCCGUCUCCUUCGACGUCCCAGAACCAGAACCACCAAAACAACUCUCACCACCACCAAAACCACAACCACAGCCGCUACAACAAAAGCAACCCCCGAUAAACGAAGACCUCCCACCCCCAACACCCCCCUCCGAUCUCCAUCCCGCCUCCGAACUCCCCCCCUCCUUCCACUUCCCAACACCACCAUCCACAUCAACAAACCCACCACCCCUCGACCCCUCCUCCCCAUCUUUCCUCUCCGACCUCCAAACGCACUACUUCCCCAACACCCCCCACGACCCCUCCUCCCUCAACUGGCUGCAACCCGAGCCCUCCGCCGAAGAAGCAGGCAUAGACACCUCCAGAACAUCGCCCUACGACCCCGAAAGUACCGCAGAAGCAAUCCAUCCCGCUGCGAUUCGGUUCUCGCUUACUGGGACUGUCAUCGCGCCGUCGACUUCGUUGUCCCUUCCGACGACGCUGGGUCUGCAUCAUCACGGGAACGAUCCGCAGGCGGCCGGGUAUACGAUUCCUGAGCUAGCUAUUCUAGGACGCUCAUCGUUCCCUGCGCAGAGAUGCGUCGCGUGGCAGGUUCUAGGGCGGAUAUUGUAUAGACUGGGACGGGGCGAGUUCGGUGAGAGGGGGAGUCCGCUUGUCGAGGGGAUGUGGGAGGUCGUUGAGAAGGAGGGUGCUGUUGCGAUUAUGUUGGCGGAGGCGGGUAGUUCUACAAAUACAAAUGAGGGUGAUGGACGUAAGGUGCCGCUCAAAGGAGCUGGUAUCGGGAGACAUGCUAGUGCUACUGCUUGGGCUGUGGAGGGUGUUUGGCUCUGGCAGAAGAGUGGUGGUGGUGAUCGGGGAGUUUUGAAGGAGGGAACUAUUCGGCCGCGCUAG